GUAAGAAGUUUUAAAAAGCUUUGGGGUAACAGGUGUUUGUUAAGUGGUUUUAAUGGUUGGUGUUUUUGGUUGCUGGAAUUCAGCAUGGGUAUAGAGCUGCUUUUUGUGGUUUUCUUAAGCCUGUCUUUGCCUUGUUUGGUCCUGCCAGGGGGGUCGUAUUGUGCUGCUGCUUCCAAAGCCUCCCGCUUCGAGUAUGGGCAGUAUGGUGUUCCCUUUGGGGCUCUCCAGGGUGGGGCCCAGCCGCCUAGACCCCUGCCUUUUCAAAGCAACUACCCUCCAGUUGACCCCCUCUUCCCUGGCUUCAUACCUGGUUAUCGUGGCCCCGACAUUGUCCGUGCUGCCCCCAGGCGCCAGGGUACUUUCUUGGGGGCCAUGAUCCAACGUACAACUGGCUACCCUGUCUUAGGUCCUGCUGCUGGUCCCCUCCCCUACAACCCAGACCUCAGGCCUGUGACAUUCGAGCUGCCCCACUGGCUUGUUCCAGGUGAGGUGGGACCUGGUCAUCUGGCCUCCAGAAGCUAUGGGCCCCCGCUGGAGCAGCCUAAAGACCUCGAGUACCUCCCACUGUUCUAUAGGAAUGCUUUCGUCAAAACUGGACAAAUUGCUGGCAUGCGUGACCCUUAUGUCCCUAGGGAUGUUGUCCCUGGGGCUUUGGUGUUUGACCCUAGCAGGUUUCCUCUUUCCCAUAUCAGUGGUCCUGGAGUACUCGAACCUGCCCCAGGCUCCUUUGGGCAGUAUCAGAGCCACAUGACCGAUAGUCAAGGAGCCCGAGGUCCAGCUGCCCCUAGGAGAUACUGGAGCAGCCAUCCAUUCCCUGCCCUGCCCCUUCCUCCCCGCUAUGGUGGUGCUCCGCCCACAUCCGAGCAGGUCUCAGAGGCAGCCGUGGUUAAAGAUUUGAACCGUGUCAGAAACUCUGCUGACCAGCUGGCUCACGGCGCCCCCACCCACCUCGGUCAGCUUAUCGGUGAUGGACCCCUCCCCAGUAGGAGGUAAUGCCGGUCUGUGGGACCACGCAUGAAACGCCACUUGCCAAAUCAAACAUUCAAUUCACAGAUGAAGAUGGCGACUUGCGGCUCAGUGGCAGUAAGCAAAUUUAUUGCAUCUUCUACAUCUUGCCAGAGUUCUCAUGUUAGUGCUACAAGGGGUAACCAGCCUGGUCUUGGAUUCUCCUCCCCCCCCCCCCCCCCAAAAAAAAAAAGCUGUCCCAUGUCAACCAUCAAAUUCUUCAAUAAAUUGAUUCCUAGUC